CCGUUGCCAGACCACCACGGAUAUCGAGCGCAUAUGCAGCGCUGCCCGAUUCUCUCCUUUGAUGACGGCAUCCAGCAGACAUUGCCUUCUUUCGUCGCUCGAGAUCCGAUUCCGUCCGUCCCCAACAAGCGGGCUUGAUUGUCCCUGUUUGAUCCACGUGACCGACAUCGAGGGAGCGCGGCCUUGAUCGAUCAGCCGAGCUGGUUUGGGUUGUCUCUCGCCUCCCCGUCCCAGAGCUCCGUUGAUCACGCAGGGCUGCUCUGCUCAUGAUGCGCCGGCUUGUGGCUGCAUAUCGAGUGGCCUGGCCGAGACCGCUGGUGCAGACAGGAAAUCGUCAAGCCCAAUGCGUGCUGCUGACAAGACUGCAUAGCUAUGUCAGAUCAUCGACAUCUUCAAGCAGGCCCGCUCGCGAUUUGCUUGAGAUCAAGAAGGAGGUUCAGGAGGCCCUUCGUCUCGGACGGCCUGUGGUUGCCCUCGAGUCGACCAUCAUCAGCCACGGAAUGCCCUAUCCCGAGAACCUCAAGACCGCCGUUGCUGUCGAGGACAUUGUUCGCAGCCAAGGGUGCACUCCAGCCACAAUCGCCAUCAUCGACGGGCAGAUCAAAGUGGGGCUGUCGGAAGACGACUUGGAGACGCUGGCUAGGACUGGCCUGAAGGCCGAGAAGACAUCGCGGAAGGACCUUGCCCUGGUUCUGUCGCAGAAAAAGACUGGCGCAACAACGGUCUCGGGCACCAUGCUCAUCGCGCACAUGGCCGGCAUCAAGGUGUUUGUAACCGGCGGCAUCGGCGGAGUGCAUCGUGGGGCAGAAGAAUCAAUGGAUAUCAGUGCCGAUUUGACCGAGCUCGGGCGCACGCCAGUCGCUGUGAUCUGCGCCGGAGUCAAGUCCAUUCUGGAUAUCGGGAAGACUCUGGAGUAUCUGGAAACUCAAGGAGUCACCGUAGCUACCUACCGCUCGGCAGAGUUCCCGUCUUUCUACUCCAGAAGCAGCGGCUUCAAGAGUCCAGCAGUACUACAGACGACAUCCGAAUGCGCUUCGUUAAUAUUCAACAAUCAACGACUGGGGCUCCAAAGCGGCAUGGUAUUUGCCUGCCCCAUUCCAGAGGAACACGACAUGGAUGGUGCCGCCAUCGAACAAGCCAUUCAGCAAGCUCUGCAGCAGGCCCGCGACAGCAGUGUCCAGGGCAAGGAUGUCACACCCUUUCUGCUCGACCGGGUGAAAAAGCUCACCGCGGGCGCUUCCCUUGAGUCGAAUAUUGCCCUAGUCAAGAACAAUGCCCACAUUGGUAGCCAGAUUGCGCGCGAACUGUCCGCUCUAGCCUCAGCCGGGAACAGCACCCCCAAUCUUGCAGUGUGCUCGACUCAGCGACCUUUGAUUUUUGGUGGCUCGGUGAUGGACAUCUCGUCAAAGUUCGACAAGGCUUCCAGGAGACGGAGCAGCGAGAAUGGCGUCUUGAUGGGCACAUCAUCUCCUGGGAGCGUCAAGCAGUCCCUCGGCGGGGUGGGGCGCAACAUGGCUGAGGCCUGCUUCAGGACAGGAGGCCAUCCGGUAUUUGUUAGUGUGGUUGGCGGCGAUCUCGCGGGCCAGUCCAUCAUCCGCCAGAUGCACGACUGGGGUAUGGAUGUAGACAACAUCUCGACCGAAGCCACCCAGCAAACCGCCGUCUAUAGCGCGUUUCUUGAUCCUGCCGGGGAGAUGCUUACCGCCGUUGCAGACAUGAAGAUCCACGACUCCAUCCCAACACACCAUAUCGAUUCUCUAAUCCAAAGAUUCAAGCCUGGUGUCGUUGCCUUUGAUGGCAACCUAUCGGUUCGUUCAAUGGAAGCAGUUGUAUCGCGGUGCCACGACCACUCGAUCCCUGUGCUCUUUGAGCCCACAUCGAUUCCAAAAUCCACAAAAGUCCUUGAAUUGAGUAUAGGCGGCGUUGAGUAUGCGACACCCAAUCUGGGCGAGGUUCUGGCCAUGGGAGAGUUCCUCUCAAGAAGACCCGGCACGUCCUUGGCAGCUCCCUUGAAGUUGAAGCAGCUGGCACGAUCAGGCAUGGAGAUAUUGAAGGCCCACCCCAAGCUUCUCCCUGCCAUUCUGAACGUCACUCGACACAUUCCCAAGCUGGCUAUCAAGAUGGGCGCCGGUGGCGUGGUGGUUGCCGUCCGGGACACCCACCAAAGCUCCGAGCCAUCUACGCAAUCCAAGAUCGUCGCCAGCUCAACCCACGAGCUCGAGGUCCAUGUCGGUAGCGAGCGUGUGCAGGUUGUCCAUAUACCGGUUACAAAACGGCUGACCAAGUGUGUGAGCGUCACGGGCGCCGGCGACAGCAUGGUUGGCACUCUAAUUACCCAUCUCCAUCGCCACCCAGGCGGUGGCGUGGACGUCCUCCUCGAAGGCUGCCGCGCUGGAAUGGCGGCGUCGCUCCUAUCGCUGCAAUCAACUCACGCCAUCAGCGAGAUGCUGAGUCCGUCUGUGUUUUCAGCUGUCGCAAGAUGAGACGAGACACACCCUGCUGUUGCUAUUUUGUGUGGGAAUACCAUCGGCCACCCCCCCCCGCAUCACAAUAUCAACGAUUGUUGUCAACGGUGGGAUCGAGACUGGUCGCCAUAACAAAAUGAUCGUCGGCGUCGAGGGUGGUGUUUGGGCGUUCAUCUUCAAGUGUGUUCACAGCAUACUCUGUCAGAGUCACUCUCCAGAUCGCAUGGUGUUGCCGAUUUUACCAACGUCGGUGUUCUAGAACGCCGGUCGCUUGGUUGGGAGGGUCCUGAGGAUCGCAAGUCAUCGGCGCAGCCGCAGGCUAUCUGUGCUCGGUCCUAUGCAAUCUAUCGAGAAUGUCCAGUGAGCAGCUUGUGCACUUGGGAGAAUGGAGACAGUGUCUUUGACCAGAGCUCACCAACGCAGCCACAGGCAGCGCCAUGAAACCCAGUCC